UGCAGGUAUGUCAAGACGAAGGCCGUGUUUUGAAAGUUGCUUCGUGAACAUCUAUGGUGAACAUCACAUGCGAUCUAGCGUACGUUCAGCACCAUGUUCAGCACGGUGUUAUGUUCUAGCCACACUCAUAACGGUGUGUUCAGCUCGGUUCAGCUCUUCAGCACUCUUCAGCCAAUCUUCAGCCUUCCAUGGCCUUCCGUUGAAAUCCACUGAAAGCCGAGCCGGUGGUCAUGCGGUGGUUAUAUGAUGGGGUCAGGUGUUCUGUGAGGGUCGCGUGUGUAGAAGCACCGUAGUAACAUGCAGGCCGUACCCGCAUGUACCCGGCUGCACGAGGUAUGAGAUGAUCAUAAUUAUGUAUUUCUGGCUUUAUGGCCGGACUAUUUGGUCAAUUCCGUGGUUUGAACUCCCCGAUUCCCCUUUGGAUGACUAGGUUCAAUAUUUUUUAUGUAGCUGAGGUGCCUCUGCGUUACAGAUAAGCCCUUCCUGCCUGUACUGUCAUACGUUAUGCACAGCGUUCGCACGCGGUGUACAUAUGUACACGUUACUUUCAUAAUAUUCUAGUGAAGUGGCACAUUCUUCCAAGUGGGAUGCACGGCCCACCAUGUUUCUACGUCCCAGCCAUAUGUUUUGUGUACUUGCGUGCUUGUUAAUCGACCAUGUACUCGAUUAUGCGAAUCGGUGCGGCAAUAGCAGCACUAGAGAGACUGACAUAAGACAUUCUAAGCGGGCCCCGGACGAGUCGUCAAGCUCUGUGUGGUGUCGUGGCCCUAACCAUACCGUGAGAACAUGCAUUUUCAGGAACUUGUACUACCGAGGAGACACCGGAGAUUUCGUUUUUCUUCACGGCCCGGAAACGACUAUUCUUGGUGACCUAAACGGAAGAAACGAUCCAGCGCUUACCGAUUUGUCGUCUGUAAGCGGUCACGGGGCGUUUUACUUCAAUUUCGUGGACAUGCCAGUGUCGACGUUUUCACCGCUCCAUGUUGUGGAUGUUCGCAGUGACACAUUUGUGGCCAGUCGCUUCAACCCAGACAACCUGAUGCAUGUGUUUCACGAUGACCUCAUUCCAAUAUUUUCAACUGUUCGAGAGAUACGUAGUUGCAGUAAUAGUGAAGAGAUACUGCGCUGCCUAGACAACAUUACACUGUUCCUGGUUGAUGAAAGACGAAAGGGACCUUACUGGCAGCUGUACAAAGCCCUUGUUAGAAAUCAAAAGAUAUUGUUUAAAAGCCAAAUGUCUGAGUGGUAUCGCUUUAAAAGGGCUAUUGUUGGAUUACGAAAGGACAGCACAUGGUAUCAGUAUGGUUUCGUGGUCCCACAAGGCCCUCUAAACACUAACCUAAGGACAGCUGGGGCAGAAGUCAGUCACUUCGUUGAUUUUUUCCUUCAUGCACUUGAUGUGCCACUGGCAUCAAAUACACACAGAAGUCAUGCACUCAUAAUAUCAAGAACCAAAACCAGGCUAAUUACAAACCUAGAUGAGCUAGUGCACAUGGUGCAGCUGCACACUAAGCUUACACCUGUAGUCAUUGAUCUUGAAAGUAUAUCUAUACAGGAUGUAGUCAUUUUGCUGAGGGACACACAACUUUUGAUAAGCAUGCAUGGCUCAGCAUUGAUAUUGUCAAUGUUCUUGCAGCCAGGAUCAGCAGUGUUGGAAAUGUUUCCAUAUGGCAUUAAUCCUGACAACUACACUCCAUACAAAACCCUUGCAAAUUUUCCAUCAAUGAAUAUUGCCUAUGCAGCAUGGAGAAAUACAAAUAAGACCAAUGCAGUAUUUCACCCCGAGUUUGAACCACAUUAUGGUGGAAUAUACCAUUUGCCACUGGAAGCCCAACAGCAGAUCAUCCAAAAUGAAGAAGUUCCACCACACCUGUGCUGUGACAAUCCAGACUGGCUUUUCCACAUUUAUCAGGACACAGCAGUUGACACAUCAAUUGUGCCACUGCUUGUCAACCUAACUGCUGAACAUGUUCCAACGCACCAUAACCUUAAAGAAAACAUUUUUCCAGGACCGGUUAUGGGACUGAAAUGUGAAGUUCAAAAAUAUUCUGAAGGCAAUGCACAGCUGUCAGUUAACUGGCAUGAACCAUGGAAUAUAGCAUUAGUUAGUUUUGAGCAUUGUUACUAUGAAGCAUGGUUAAAAAAUGGUGCUGAGGUUGAAAUGAUUCAUACAAAUGUCACAGUUUUUGUCAGAAACAUUACUACCAAUCCCCUUUAUGUAUGGGUGAAAGCUGUGUGCGAUGGAAAAUCUGGUGGCUUUAAUGCAUUCCCUCCCGGCUGCAAGGACAUCACCCAUUAACAACUAUCACAGUAAUUGCAUGGCAGCAUGUGCAUGCUAUGUAAUGAAGUGUUUUCGAAUAGUUGGCUGAGCAACACCAUGCUGAUAAUAAGGUAUGUUUGAUAGAAAGUAGAGGGUGUCCAAAGUGCUGUCUUCAAAGUUUUUUUAAUAAAUAAAUAAAUGUGGGCUCAGCAGUCCAAGCUUACAUUGAAGUUGUUCUGCAUUGCUGUGCUUCAUGUUUAAAGGAGUAGCAAUGUUUUCUUUUAGCCCCUUUACUGCCGAUGACGAGUUAACUCGUCAUGGUAAAAGUUGCACUACCUUGCAGUUUUCAUGCAUGUAAUUAAUAGACAAUGUCUUUUGCUAUUUUUUCAAUGAGACCAGUAAAAGUGCUAUGGGCAUUCCUGGAUUUUAUAUAUUUUUUUUUUAUACAGGAAAAUUCAGCUUUUUUGUAGAUAAGGGGUUAAUGAAUAGCUAUCGGUUCAUUUGCUAAGGUAUGAAGUCUAAAUCUUUCCAAUGUUUUGGGUGUAUGCUUUCUCGUGUUGUAGCCCUGCAGUUAUAAAAAAAAUGUGUGUCAGGUGAACACAACAUGCCACAUUAGCACCUAUCACUAUGGCCACUGGGUAGUUAUGAUGGUCAAAUAUUUUUCUCAUUUGACAAAAUGUGGCACAAAUCUUGCUGAAGAAGGUUUAGAAAAGGAAGGUGGUCAGCAAGAUCACAAUAGGAAAAAAAAAACAGAAAAUGAACCCUUCAAUUGCCGAGAGUUUAGCCAACUGGCUUUCAUCUUAAAUAGAGCAGUAUGCCUUUCAAUGCUUGAUCAGCAAUUCAGGGAAUUCCUGUGCAGGUACUUCGCUGACAUUGUGUUAACUUGUAAUCUUAUCCAUUUUCCUUGUAUCCAAAUGAAUGUCUAGAGGGUGAAACAUUUCUGCCAUUGGCAAGAGGACAGGUGGGGUGCUGCAGUACAACACUCCAACAUACUUUUAUCUUUGCCACAGCAAUUAAUAAAAGAACCAAGUGUCAGUAGGCUUGCAGUUUAAAAAUAUAUAUCGGUAGGCAUUAUUUAUCAUGCUGGCGCAGAAAAGUGCCAGCAUCUUUAUGGUUGCAAAGAACCCUUUUUCAAAUGAAAUUUAGUUUCCUUUAGCAUUUUAUACUCCUCUCCUGCCAGUAUGACAGCACUGGUCAUCACUUUGAUACUGACUGGGAGCCUGUUUUCGGCGAAACGACUGUAAAAGCCGUGUAUAACACGUUCAUAAAGCUUUUCAAUGGCCACUACAGCAGCUCCUUUUCCAUGAAAUCAUUUAAGACUGGAAAACGCACAUGAAAGCCUUGGAUUAAUCAGGAACAAGCGUAUGAUCACGGAAAAGCAUAAACUACAUGAUUCCUUUUUGAGAACACGCUACGUCAAUACUUUGGCGACCUUUAAAAUGCUACGGAACCGUUUAAAUGCUUUACUAAAGAAAGCUAAAAAGGAAUACUAUGAGAACCUUUUCCAAACGGGAUCGAAUUGCCCACCUGAUCGUAUGUGGAAAAUAAUUCCGUACUGGGCACAGCACAAGUUCAGUGGCCAAUAAAGUACACGAAAUUGUCAUUAACAACAAAUCACUGUCAGGGACGGCUCUAUUAGAACAUUUUAGCAAAUAUUAUGCGUCGGCAACAAUCAGCCAUGCUCCUCCCACAGACAUCUCGUACAGACUGGAAUGAAAUGUUCGGAAAACGGCAUUUUUUCAACCCACAGAUUAUUCCAAGGUAUAUAAAACAUUCACUGCAUUAAAGAACAGUAAAGCCACUGAUAUCGAUAAUAUCCAGAUAACACCCAUAAAAUGUGAUUGACAUAACCUGCCCGUGCUUGGCUCAUAUCUUCAACCUUGCGAUUGGUUCAGGGACGUUUCCUGCUGAAAUGAAACGAGCCAAAGUGUCUGUUAUAUUCAAAGAGGGGGAAAGAAACAUCGAAAACUACAGACCAAUAUCUGUUUUGCCUAUAUUUUCCAAGGGCCUUGAAAAGAUAAUUUUAUGUUGACUACAUAGGGUUUUUUUUUUUUUUUUAAGCACGGAAUUAUGUUUGAAUGCCAGCACGGUUUCACAAAGGGCAAGUCGACUGAGUCUGCACUUCUGGUACAAAAAGACAUCAUUCUCGAAAACAUUGAAGCGGAAAACUUAACUCUUGGAAUCUUCAUUGAUUACAGCAAAGCAUUUGACUUACUCUAUCAUGGCACACAUUUAACAAAACUAGAAGAAUAUGGCAUACGAGGUGUCGUUCACUCACUUUUACAGUCGUAUCUCUCCGAUCGACAGCGGUGCGUAGUUAUAGACGGUUCUACGUCAUCCUCCCGCCCAUUACUUAACGGCUUACCACAGAGAAGCAUUUUGCGCCCCUUUUUAUUUAAUGUAUAUGUGAAUGACUUACCUUCUAUUGAUAUGUGUACAGAUUUUGUUUUUAUACGCAGACAACACUAGCCUCUUUCUUCUGAUAACGAGUCACACUUGUUUUUACAUGCCAAUAAUGUGCUGUCCAAAGUGUUCGAGUGGUCCUUAUGUAACAGCCUACAAAUUAAUGUAAAAAUAUCUAAGGCCGUUGUUUUUGCUGCAAAGAACAAAUCUGUGCCAUGCGUCGAUUUUAAAAUAGCUUCCCAUUCGCUUGAUGUAGUAAAGGAACACAAAAUUUCGGGUGUUAUAUUUUCUAGUCACAUGAUGUAGAACCCUCACAUGGACCUUGUUGCAUAAAAAUUUUCUGCUGCUUUAUCUGUGCUAUUUAGAUGCCAUCAUAUGCUCCCACCUCGUGUAAUGUUCCAUCUUUAUCAUUCUCUUUUUCGGUUGCAUAUAAACUAUUGCACGUUAGUAUGGGCUAUGACUACACAACGUAACAUUAACAGGUUGUUGCUGCUCGGAAAGAAAGCUAUUCGUUGUAUUCACAAUGCUCACCAUUUACAUCCUACAAAACCGUUAUUUCAAGAAAGCAGAAUAAUGAACGUCAAAGCUCUCUAUGCAUACCGUCUCCUACACCAAUUACAAUUUUCAGAUAAAGAAACCAUACAAUUCCUAAAAAAUGUCAGCCCUCAUAGAACGGCCCAGCACCCGUGUAACACGAGGAUUGGACAAAUGGAUAAGGCACUAUCGAACAAAUUACUUUAUGAAAACCCUGACCUACAACGUACCCGCGCAAUUAAAUCAACUGCAGAAGUGCGUAAAUGGAGAUAUGGUUGUAUUGUGCACAUUAUUGCACGAUACCUUUGUCUGGCAAAUUUCACCUGACUGUUUGAGAUUUGUAAUUUGCUUUGUGUCCAUACCCGUUCAGAACGUACUCAUCACAUGCAUAUUCAUUUCAUUUCUUGUAAAUUGCAUGUGCACAUUCUUUACUGUUGCUUAACUUCCUUUUCAUCAUUGCUUUCAAUAAUGUUCAUUUUUAAAAGUGUAACAGUAUAUAGUCCCCUGGUGCUUAUUGUUAUUUACCCGAAUUUCAAUGCGCUCGUAAUGAGUAUACAUGUAGUAGAUGCAUUCAUGCCCAGGGAAGUGGAUAUAUACCAUGUGUUCAAUUAAUGGAGCUGCUUAAGAAAGCUUAUUGUUUGUAUUACGGAUGUGUGCGAUGCUGAUGUUGCCUGGUGGUGGCCCCCUGGCCUCGUCAAGCUGUAUAUUUACAGCUUUCUUUCCAGGGUGGCCUUCAACACUGUACUUUGUGCAUGCUGUAAAUAAACUUGACUAAUAUUGCCUAA